AUACUCCGUUUUGUAUAAACAAUAUUCACAUAAAAAUUCAUAAAAAUUCAAAAAUAUAUUCGCAAUGUCAAGUAUUUGCAAAAAUAGGCUCAUGGAAGAACGGCGCCAAUGGCGUAAAGAUCAUCCUUACGGUUUUUACGCUCGACCUGUCAAAAAUGAAACUGGCUUGGAUCUGUUAACUUGGCAAGUCGGAAUUCCUGGGAAGAAAGGAACUCCUUGGGAGAAUGGUGUAUAUAAGAUGGUGAUGACUUUCCCCGAAGAUUACCCUUCAAAGCCUCCUAAAUGUAAAUUUGGCCCAGCGUUGUUUCAUCCUAACGUUUAUCCAUCCGGUACCGUUUGUUUAUCAAUCCUAAAUGAGGAAGAAGGAUGGAAGCCCGCAAUCACAAUUAAACAGAUUCUAUUGGGAAUACAAAAUCUUCUUGAUGAACCGAAUCCGGAUAGUCCUGCGCAAUCGGAUGCCUAUAUGUUAUAUAAGAAAGACCGGGCAGCAUAUGAGAAGAGGAUAAGACAACAAGCCAAGGAAAAUCCGGCAUAGUCUUUAUUUAUUCAACUACUAUAAGUUUCUUUUUAUCAAAUUAGAAUUUUGUAAUUUUUCAAUUAAAUACAUAUUUUUUAUCCUUUUGGAUUUCAUUUCUUUAAGGUGAACAUUUUAUUUUUUUAAGGAAUUGUCCUUACAGGGAUUUUUUCUAGUAAGAUAUUUAUAAGAAAUUCUCGUAAAUGAAGAUGUCGUAGAAUAAUAUAUUUACAUUUAGCAUAUUCAUAUAAUGAUCAUUAAUCUGAAUAAAUUAAAGA